AUGACUCUGCCAAAAAGAAGAGAUGUCAUAGGUGCAAAGGAUAUGAUUGUCGAUGAUGCCAUCAACCCCAGACUUGGUCUCUGGGGUAGCGCCGCCAUAGCCGGCCGCUCGAUACCUGUUGUUAAUUACACGAAUGGCAGUGGUGUGGCAGGAAAGGAGGAUCAGUUCCGACCUCCUUUCGGUCAGGCGACGUAUUGCAUCAUGGACUUUCAAACUCAGAAGAUGUGUUCGACCCUGUGGCAGACCAAACGUGGACCUGCCAGGUACUUCUGA